AUGCUGAGCUACGAUGAAUUGAUAUGGACAAUAUCGUUUCCUGUCUUCUGCUCACUUGCCAUGUGGUUUUCGAUGGCCCUGGCACUUCUGGUGAGGUCGAUGCGAGGUCGCGUCAGACGUGAAAAAAUACGAGACUCCAUCCUGCGAAAAGAGCGUUGGGGGGCAACGGUGUCUGGCUCCCUUCGCCGCGACAGCAAAGCCAUAUUGCGACGUGCAGUUGUGAUGGUGGGUGGUGACUUUGCCCGCUCUCCUCGCAUGCAGUAUCAUGCGGCGAGCCUGGUCAAGUGUGGUCUUUUUGACAGCGUGGCUUUGGUGGGAUUUGACAUGGGCAAUGCCCUUAUAGAUGACCUACAAUCAAUCACGAGUGGUGGCACGAACGAAGGGGGUGAGUGCGUUGUAGACACCACCUAUUUGAUCCCGCCUGUGACGCCGCCUUCGUGGUUUUGUCGUGUAUUUCCCCAUCGUCGGAUGUACUGGAUAGUGUCUACCGCGUAUCGUGCAUGCGCCUGUUCUGUAGUCUUUGCUUGGGCACUUAUAGGGGCAUUAGUCAUGGUAGUGAAUGAUCGUGGACAACUUCUGCUUGUGGACCUGGUUCUCGUUCAAUCGCCUCCUGCAGUGCCUUUUGUGCCUGUUAUCAAGUACAUCGUCCGCCCAUGUGUUUUUCUGAUCAAUGCGAUAUUGUACUACUGUUUCCUUGUUCCUGGUUCAUGGAUGAUAUGCGACGCUCUUAGCGAAAUUCGUGGGGGCCUGAAGUUACAAAAAGAGCUGAAAUUAGGAGAUAAAAAAGUUACUGCCUCAUCCAGGUUUGUGAUUUGUCCUGCGCUUAUUGUGGAUUGGCAUAACUUUGGUUACACGAUUCUACAAAGCGAUGACCGGCCCUCCCUGGCAGUCUGGAUUUACUGGAUGUUUGAGUGUCACUGCUGUUUUGGCGAUCGCAACGUGACGGUUAGUAAGGCGAUGCAAAAGGCCCUUUACGCUCUACAAGGCCGAACUACGAAGCGUCAAAGUGAGGCACAUCCAUUGAUAGAAAACGAGGUGACAGUGCUAUACGACACGGCUCCCGCUUUUUUUGGUCCUGCAUCAAGAGCCCGUUUUGUGCAGGAAGUACUGCGUCCCAUUUUAGGGGCAACUUGCGAAGAUGCGAAGGAAGCCAUGGGGCUCUCGCCGCCGCCGGCAUGGGUGAUGGAGACGGAUAUGCAUGACGACAAUGCCACAAACACCAGCUCCAAGGGGCUGUUCAUAGUGGGUGCCACUAGCUGGACAGCAGACGAUAACUACACCAUGGUGGUAGAAGCACUGGCACGCGUUGAUAAACGCUUACAGCAGCUUCAACAGCGAGAGGGUGGCACCAAGUCGCUUGUUGUGAAGCCCAUCUGGUUGCUUGUUACAGGCAAGGGUGUGUCACGGGAGCGUUUUGAGCGUGCGGUUUUGGAAGCAUCUCUCUCCCCACUCGUGACUGUGACAACUAUGUAUUUUCAGUCGUAUUUGGACUACGCCACUGCCCUUGGUGCGGCGGAUGUGGGUCUCUGCCUUCAUCACUCCUCUAGUGGCUUAGACUUGCCGAUGAAGGCCGUAGACAUGUUGGGUUCGGGCCUACCUGUUAUAGCCCUGCAGUAUGAGGCCCUUCCAGAGUUGCUGGAUGAGAAACAUGGUUGGAUGUUCACCAACGCGGAGGAACUGGAAACGAUCCUGUGGCAGCUUACGAGUUGUGAGGAUUCUGUCAGUAUCGUGGAAUCUGUGGAACAAAAGCGUCUCCACGUGAUGCAGAGUCGGGAAAAAACGUGGGACGAACGGUGGCGCUUUGCAGUGGUGCCAUUGCUGCGCGAUCUGCUCUGA